AUGAAGUUCAUGAUCGAUGAUCUUCCCGUUUUGUUUCCCUACGACCGAAUAUAUCCUGAACAGUAUUCUUACAUGUGCGAUCUGAAGAAAACGUUGGAUGCGGGGGGUCAUUGUGUACUUGAGAUGCCUUCGGGUACGGGAAAGACAGUAUCUCUUCUAUCACUAAUCGUCUCAUAUAUGCAGUUCUACCCGGUCAAAAGAAAAUUGAUCUACUGCUCCCGGACAGUUCCGGAGAUUGAGAAAGCUUUGGCAGAGUUGAAACGUUUAAUGGAGUACCGUGUGGAGAUGGGAGCUAAGGAUGAGGAUUUCAGAGGGUUGGGAUUGACCAGUAGAAGGAACUUGUGUUUGCACCCAGAGGUCAGUAAAGAGAAGAAAGGCAAAAUAGUCGACUCAAGAUGUCGUGAUCUCACCUCUGCAUUUGCAUGUGAGAAGGGACGAGCUGAGCCAGGUAGUGUUCCCCUGUGCAGCUAUCAUGAGGAAUUGAACAAUUAUGAAACUGGUAAUCUCAUACCUCCUGGAGUAUACACAUUGGACGAUGUCAAAAAGUGGGGUCAGGAAAAGGGCACUUGUCCAUAUUUCACUAUCCGGCGAAUGAUGCCCUUCGUAGAUAUAAUCAUCUAUUCUUUCCACUACCUGCUCGAUCCGAAGGUCGCGGAGAACGUUUCUGCGGAGAUGAGUAAGGAGAGCAUUGUUGUUUUUGAUGAAGCGCACAAUAUAGAUAACGUCUGCAUCGAGUCUCUAUCUAUUGAUUUGACUAGACCGAUGCUGGAUUCUGCCGCGAGGAGCGUGAACAAAAUCAGUGAUAAAAUCGAAGAGAUGAAGCGGACCGAUGCUACAAAAUUACAGGACGAAUACGAAAAAUUGGUUGCUGGAUUACAAGAGGCCAAUGAGAGAAGAGAAGAUGAAGAUAUGUUAGCAAGCCCAGUAUUAUCAACAGAUUUGUUGGAAGAGGCAAUGCCAGGUAAUAUACGAAAAGCCGAACAUUUCAUCGCUUUCCUCAAACGUUUCAUUGAGUAUAUGAAAACACGAAUGCGAGUACUUCACGUUGUCGCCGAAACACCUCAAUCUUUCCUCGCACAUCUGAAAGAAAUAACUUUCAUAGAACGUCGACCCCUCAAAUUCGCAGCUGAAAGACUUACCAAUCUCGUCCGUACACUCGAACUCACCAAUAUCGACGAACAUUAUGCUCUUCAAAAAGUCGCCGGGUUCGGCACUUUGGUAGCGACCUAUGAAAAAGGGUUUUUACUCAUCCUUGAACCUUACGAAACUGAACAUGCCACAGUACCCAAUCCCAUCUUUCACAUGACUUGUUUAGAUCCUUCUUUAGCUAUCGCUCCCGUCUUUGAAAGAUUUUCCAGUGUCGUCAUUACUUCAGGAACUAUCUCUCCUUUGGAUAUGUAUCCGAAAAUUUUACAAUUUCAACCGACGUUGAUCCAAUCGUAUCCUAUGACAUUGACGAGGAACGCUUUCUUCCCUAUGGUUAUCACUCGUGGAAGUGAUCAAGUACCUAUCAGCUCUAGGUUCGAAGUACGGAAUGAUCCUGCUGUGGUGAGGAAUUUUGGGAGUAUCUUGAUUGAUAUGAGUAAGACUGUUCCGGAUGGGAUCGUGGCUUUCUUUCCUAGUUAUUUGUAUAUGGAGUCGAUCGUUUCAGCGUGGUAUGAUAUGGGAAUCCUCAGUGAAGUGUGGAAACAUAAAUUACUCUUUGUGGAGACACCAGAUGCCAUGGAGACUUCUGUCGCUCUGAAGAAUUACCGAGAAGCAUGUAAUAACGGUCGAGGGGCUGUCAUGCUUUCCGUCGCUCGGGGAAAGGUGUCCGAGGGCAUCGAUUUUGACCAUAACUACGGAAGAGCUGUGAUCAUGUUUGGAAUACCGUAUCAAUACACGGAAAGCAGGAUACUCAAAGCACGUUUGGAAUUUCUUCGUGAUAAUCACAGAAUAAGGGAGAAUGAUUAUCUCACUUUUGAUGCUAUGCGACAUGCUGCACAAUGUGUGGGACGUGUUUUGCGAGGAAAGACAGAUUGGGGUUUGAUGGUGUUUGCCGAUAAGCGUUUCGCACGUCAAGACAAAAGAGCCAAAUUACCAUUAUGGAUCAAUCAAUACAUCACAGGCGCUCAUUCCAACCUAUCGACGGAUAUGGCAAUCGUUCUGGCUAAAAAGUUUAUUCGUCAGAUAUCUCAACCUUGGGAUCAUACUCAAACUGGAAUAAGUUUAUGGACUUUGGAAGAUAUAGAAGAACGUCAGAGAAAGGCGGAAGAAGAGGCUGAGAAAGGUUUGCAAGAGGUAGCGAGGAUAAUGCCCGUUCAUGAUGGGGAAGUUGUGGAGGAAGAUUAUGGUGAGAUGGAUGAUCAUAUGUUGGCUGAUCUCGACUUUCCGAUGGAUGUAGACGGGUAG